UAAUAAUAUUUAGAAGAAGACUGCACACUGGAGGGGGAGAUAAUUAAACACAUCUACGUGAAGCAGUGUCUCUACUAAAUGCUCCUACAUUGAGGAAGAAGAGCCAGGCUUUGGGAUUGGGCAGCGACCAGAUAGCGUAACACCCCCUCCUCCUCUCUGUAGAGAAUUGCGUUAAAACGAAAAGGAAAAGGCCUGCGCUUUAUCUAAAUUACAGGGUUUUUUUCUUUUACUCCCUAUAUAUUAAACGAGGACCCGUUGCUGGCUGGUGUAUGUGUUUAGAAUGGGACUCGCUGAAGGUCCAGUCAAAGAAAAAGACAGUUAAGGAUGCAGGAGCCCAACAAUGGAUUUCUCCUUCUCUUUCAUGCAAGGGAUCAUGGGAAAUACAAUUCAGCAACCCCCUCAGCUCAUUGACUCCGCCAACAUCAGACAGGAAGGCACCUGUGACACCGGCAGUGAUCCAGGCGAGGAUGGAGGUCCCUCCUACGAUGCUGCCCUGGAUGCAGAGUUCUCCUACCCGCCGUCUGCCCCGGAGGACAUGUCGCAGGUCUCCAACGGCUACCCGCCCGGUCUGGGCAUGUACGAGCCACAGUCCAAGUUCUCUAUGUACUCGCAGUUCCCCAACGGCUCGGCUAACGGCUACGGGGCCAUACGGAGCUAUGCAGAUCACGGCCUCCUGCCGGGGGAAGGGACGGUCCUGAGAGGCCCAGGUCUUCAGGAGAGACCUUUGUCUCCUGUGUCCCCUCCUCUGCCCACACAUCACCCACACCUCCACCACCACCACCAUCAUAACCCUCACCUCCAGCAUCACGCGCACCUCUUCCACUCAAACCCGCCUCUUUUACAGAACCACCCGCACCCACAGAGUCCUCCGCCGCAGCCUCUGCCCUCCCAGCACCACAUGCCCCAUACGCCUCACAUCAUGACCCACACUCUCCCACCUCCUCCGCCAUUAAUCCUGCCUUCCUCCAGUCCGCCCCCUUCCCUUGUGGACAGUACUCCUUCCUCUCAGCCCUCCCUCACCCUCUCCAAAACUCCUGGUGGCGUGCUGAAGAAAACCAGCUCUCCAGAGAUCAAGCUGAAGAUCAUUAAGACGUAUCAGAACGGGAAAGAGCUGUUUGAGUCAGCGCUGUGUGGAGACCUUCUGGAAGAAUUGCAGAAUGAGUCUCAGGAGAACGAGGCCACUCAGAUGCAGCGCAGACAUGAGAGGAAGAAGGAGAAGAGGAAAAAGAGUGCGCGACUGCAGCUGCAGGUCCCGGAACAGAACCUGGAGCAAAGCCAAGCACCGUCAGGUACCACAGAGCUGACGGAGGACAUCCACUUCGAGCCCCAGCCCACAGAAACACCCCCAGCCCAGACACAGAAGCCUCAGAAGACCGUUAUUAAAACUGAACCAAAGAUGCCCAAGGUUCCGAAGGUCCAUCACCCAUCAGUGAUCCAAGAGACGGGCUUCUGUAAGGAGUUUGUGAUCGGAGAUCUGGUGUGGUCCAAGGUGGGCACCUACCCGUGGUGGCCUUGCAUGGUCUCCUCUGACCCGCAGAUGAAAGUCCACACUCGCAUCAACACCAGAGGUCACAGAGAGUAUCACGUCCAGUUCUUUGGCAGUGUUGCUGAGCGAGCAUGGAUCCACGAGAAGAGGAUAGUCCUGUACCAGGGGAAGCAACAGUAUGAAGACCUUCAGGCUGAGACUCUGCGCAAAGCCUCAAAUCCUGUAGAGAAACACAAACUUCUGAAGCCUGUCCCUCAGCGGGAGCGUUCUCAGUGGGAGGUGGGUGUGGGCCACGCCGAGGACGCCCUCCCGAUGACGCGGCAGGAGAGAACUGACAACUACACCUUCAUCUAUGUUGACCCAGACCCUCAUGAAGGCACGUCCAGUAGGAAACCCACUUACAGAGCUGAGAAACGCAACCGGCGCUCCAGCGGCUCAAUCAAUAAGAAGGAAGAGAGAGAAGUAAAGUCACCAGAAAGAGAGCAGCCGACACGACGGCUGCUGCCACGCAGACAGUGUAGUGUGUCCAACACAGAAGACAGCACAAACUCACAGGCCUCUAAUGAGGAGAAGAACCAGAGGGAGGAGACCAGAGGGGGGAAGACCAGCUCGCCGAAACAGAACAAUGAACGGCAGGACUCGCCGCCACCGGUGAGGGCCUGGAAAACAGCCGCUGCCAGGAAGCUGCUGCCUCUCUCCAUCACCAUGAAGAGGCUGAAUGUGGAGAUCACAAAGUGCGAUUGGCCUCUCCUGCAGAAAAAAGCAGCUCCAUCUCCAAAAAAAGAGCAAGAAGAAGAAGAAGAAGAAGACGAAGAAGAAGAAGAGGAGAAGGAGGAGAUAGUGGAGGGAGAGGCCCGGCAGCCUGACCUGGGAUACUGCUCACCAGAGGACAGUAGAGCUAAACCUGAGCCCAGUCCGGAGGAGGAGGAAGAUGGGGACGAAGGGGAGGAAGAGGGGGAGGAGAGGAGAGGAUCCCCCGCCAGUCGGAGGAGUGAGGAAGGAGGAAUGCAGCAGACCUCCUCUCCUGGAUCACACCACAGUAGUCCACAUGGUUCUCAGGAGCGGAAGCUGCAGCGGCGGUCGGUCAGAAGCAGGUCAGAGUCAGAGAGAUCCAACGAUCCUGUCCCGAAGAAGAAAACCAAAAAAGAGCAGGCUGAGAUGGCUCCUGAGACGACACUGAGGACCGGUUCACAGAAAGGAGCCAGUGAGAUCUCAGACGCCUGCAAACCUCUGAAGAAGCGAAGCAGAGCGUCGACCGAUGUGGAGAUGGCUUCUUCUCAGUACAGAGACACCUCUGACUCUGACUCCAGAGGUCUCAACGACCCACAGGGUUUAUUUGGGAAAAGUCUUGAUAGUCCAGCAGCAGCGGAUGCAGACGCUUCAGACACUCAGUCUGUGGACUCCGGCUUGUCCCGCCAGGAUGGGAGCACCGGCAAGAGAGACACCGUCUGCCAGAUCUGCGAGGUGUAUGGUGAAGGUUUGGUGGUGUGUGAAGGGGACUGUUGCCGACAGUUUCACUUGGACUGUCUCGGUCUGACGUCCCUACCUGAAGGCAGGUUCACCUGCUUGGAAUGCAGAAAUGGCGAUCAUCCUUGUUUUAGCUGUAAAGCUGCAGGCCAGGAGGUGACGCGCUGCUCCGUGUCCGGAUGUGGUUGUUACUACCACGAGGAUUGUGUGCGUAAACUCCCGGGCACAACCAGCAGCUCGGAGGGGGGCUUCUGCUGCCCUCAGCACAGCUGCUCUACCUGCUGCUUGGAGAGAGACCUGCAGCGGGCGAUUAAAGGCCGCCUGAUGCGCUGUAUCCGCUGUCCGGUGGCCUAUCACACGGGAGACGGCUGCGUGGCGGCGGGCAGCGUCGCCCUCACCCAUCACAUCAUGAUCUGCAGCAGCCACGGCAGCACCAAGAAGAACGGCCUCCUCUCCUCCCCAAUCAACGUGGGCUGGUGCUUCCUGUGUGCCAGAGGGCUGUUAGUGCAAGACCUUACUGACACCAUAUUAAGUUCAUAUGCCUAUAAGUCCCACUACCUUCUGACUGAGUCAAAUCGUGCUGAGUUGAAAUUACCUAUGAUUCCCUCUCCUUCGUCAGCUACCAAAAAGAAUGUUGGGAAAGGAGGCAAGUUGCUGUGCUGCGACACAUGCCCGGCUUCCUUCCACCCGGAGUGUCUGGAGAUAGAGAUGCCGGAGGGGGCAUGGUCCUGCAGUGAUUGCAGGGCGGGGAAGAAGCCUCACUACAAACAGAUUGUCUGGGUCAAACUGGGCAACUACAGGUGGUGGCCUGCGGAGAUUUGCAACCCACGCCUGGUGCCAUCCAACAUUCAGAGCCUACGUCACGAUGUUGGAGACUUCCCCGUCUUCUUCUUUGGCUCCCACGACUACUACUGGAUCAAUCAGGGCCGCGUCUUCCCCUAUGUGGAGAAUGACAAGAACUUUGUCACGGGUCAGAUCAACAUCAACAAAACCUUCAAGAAAGCUCUGGAAGAAGCUGCUCGGCGGUUCCAGGAGCUAAAGGCGCAGAGGGAGAGCAGGGAGGCUCUAGAGCAAGAACGCAACUCUCGAAAACCUCCCCCCUACAAACUCAUCAAGUCCAACAAACCAGUGGGGAAAGUGCAGGUGCACGUAGCUGAUUUGUCAGAAAUCCAACGAUGCAACUGCAGGCCGACAGAUGAGCAUCCUUGCAGCCUCCACUCUCAGUGUCUCAACCGCAUGCUGCAGUACGAGUGUCAUCCACAGGUGUGUCCUGCAGGUGAGAGCUGUGAGAACCAGUGUUUCUCCAAGCGGCUGUACGUGGAGACAGAGGUGAUAAAGACAGACGGCCGCGGCUGGGGCCUCAGCACCAACCAGGCUCUCAGGAAGGGUGACUUUGUGACUGAGUACGUGGGAGAGGUGAUAGACUCAGAGGAGUGCCAGCAGCGAAUCAAACGCGCCCAUGAAAAUCACGUGGCCAACUUUUACAUGCUCACCCUCACCAAGGACCGUGUGAUUGACGCCGGCCCGAAAGGAAACUCGUCUCGGUUUAUGAACCACAGCUGCAGCCCAAACUGUGAAACUCAGAAGUGGACGGUAAACGGAGACGUUCGCAUAGGCCUCUUCACCCUCUGUGACAUCGAGGCCCACACGGAGCUGACGUUCAACUACAACCUGCACUGCGUGGGCAACAGGAGGUCGUCCUGUCACUGUGGUUCAGACAACUGCUCGGGAUUCCUCGGGGUGCAGCCAACGAGUGCUGUGGUGAUGGAGAGAGAGGAAAAGGCCAGGAAUGCCAAGCUGAAGCCGAAGAAGCGGAAGCUGCGUCCGGAGGGCAAACACUGCCACGAGUACUUCUGUUUCUGCUGUGGAGAGGGAGGCGAGCUGGUGAUGUGUGACCGAAAGGACUGUCCGAAAGCGUACCAUUUGCUCUGUCUCAACCUCACCAAGCCACCAUACGGACGUUGGGAAUGUCCGUGGCAUGACUGCAGUGUUUGCAGCGCCCCGGCAUCGUCUCUCUGUGACUUCUGCCCUCGCUCGUUCUGCCGGGACCACGAGGAGGGGGCGCUCACCUCCUCCUCCCUUGAAGGCCGUCCCUGUUGCUCCAGUCACAACCCUGUCAGUCCCCUGGGCUCCAACUCCAGUCUGACCCAGCCUCGCCGCUCCGCCCUGAGCCCGGUCAGUGUCAAAGAGGAGCCGGAGGAGGGCGAGCUGGCUUCAGAGUGACACCUUAGCUCCCUCAAUACCUGAUUCCCUGUAAAGCGCUCCUGGGCUCUGAUCCACCUCUGUUCCGAAGCAGUGACCAAAGGGAAACAGUGCUUUUUGACCAGUGUGAUGGGUGAGUCGAUGAACAGCUCAACGCUGAUAGUGGCAGGCAGAGCGAUUGGAGAGGCCUGACCAUCAUCAUGCGCCUUUUUCCCUCCUCUCUGGCCAGAAAACACCACCCACACUCUCUACAGCUCACCUCCGCCCAUCAGAGGGCCACCACCUCAUUACGUUUCCUUUUUAUUGUUACAGCUGUUGAAAUUACAGUGUUGUCACAUCAUCAAAUACCGGCACUUUGAAGAACUCGAGGAGCGCGGUGGAGGGAGGGGUAGAGAGGGGAGGGGUGGAGAGAGGACAGGUUAGGGAGAAGGAGACGGAGGAGAUGUGAAGCUGCUGCUUGUUCAGCCGUGAUUGCUGUCUCACACACAGAAUGAUUGCACGGUGACAAGCAAACCUCCCCCUCCUCCACAGCCGAUCAUCACACCAGACGUCAUUGUAUUACCUUUUCUUCUUCUUCCUGGAGGAAAAAAGGGGGGAAAUGACCGAUUUUUGUGCAAUUUUGUUCAAAUACACUACAUUCCAACCUUCCUUAGACAUGGUUUUAAUAUACUAAUGGGUAUAGAUGAAUAUAAUUAUAUACAGUAUCUAUGUUUGUUAAUGUUUACAGACAGAUUCUCUCACUUCAUCUCAGUGAGUGGUUGUAUUAUGUUUGUUUGUUUAGGUGUUACGCAGACCUCCUUGUGAAAAUAGUCCUAUUAAGGUGAAAUAUAAUGGUAUAUAGUGUAAUGGUAUGACAUUACAGAAGUACUUGUGAUUUUCAUAUUGCCAGUUUCACUCGCCAUUGUGUACAUAAUUGGCUCAUAAUAUUGUAAAGUACAUAAAGAUCAGGAGGGACGGAGCCUCGCCUCUGGUUGUUCCUGGAAGAAGGAAACGCUUUUCUAAAACAACUAGACAGAUCCUUUUUAUUUAGUUUUUUCGAUAAAGUUUGGUCCCCUCAUUUCCUCUGUUAUUUGUAUUGUAGAUGGAGGGACUCAGUUUGUGAUCACUGGUGCUGUCUUAAAGUAUUGUUAUCAGCCUUAAGUUUGAUUCUGGCUGUAGAAAGUGCUGCGCAGAGUGCAGUCCAUUUCAGUAACGUCGUGUACUGUGACCGCUUAGAUGCUUUUUUUUUUUUUUUUUCUGUUUUUGUUUUGCCAAACUUUUCUGAAAAAGCACUUUUACACAGCUUGUCGCUACACAAUUUAGCUAGGUCAAACAUAUACAGAAAUGUAUAUUAAAAGAACAUAAGACAAGUGUUUCAAAAUGGAUACCUCUUCUUGUAGUAACGUCGGAAUUAAAACUGUGUUGUAACUUUUUUCCCUUUCGGUCAGAAAACGUUGUGAGUUGCUGGGCAGGUUUUUUGAAGUUUUUGAGCAGAGUGGCCUAUAUGAUGCUGGUUUCCUUUGGCACAAGUAGGAAAGACUGCCAGCCCGGCUAUGGACAGAAAUCUAUGGUGUCCUUCAGAGGCACUUUUUAAUUUUCCACCUGGAAAACAUCCUGAAGGCUGGCUGUUAUCUAGAGACGUAAUGGUAUGACAACAGUCCAGUCUGGUAUGAUGUACAAAUACAAACUUCUGUACAGUGUUUUUAAAUCUCUCAUGUCAAAUCCACAUUUUUUGUAUUUAUUGCACCACAUUUUAUACCAGUUUCAUUUUCAAACACCAGUGCAGUGUCUCCCUCUCGACCAUGGUGUAAGUGAAAUAGACUAUUUAAAAAAAACAUGGGGAGUUUUACAUUAUAUUUCUGUGUUUGGUCAUUGCAUAUGUUUUCUGUUCUUUUACAUUUGGUGUAAUGAUUCCACACUUUGGUAACAGCUGCUGCUCAUCGCCCUGUACCGUGACUCACUGUAACUAGUGUUAUAAGCAGUGUGAAGCAGUUAAAUAUAGGAAUGUAAAGAUUCAGUUCAGUUUUUGUGUGUUUUUUUAAUCCUGGACUUAAGGAACCGUAAACUUUAUCACAGCCAUUGCUUGUGAUUUUGUUUGUUGUGUUUUCCGCCCCUCGUACUCUUUAUUUCCGUAAGCCUCCCGACGAGCCACAGGGAGAAACUGUGCCAAUUUAUCCAAAACAUUUCAGUUCAUUCAGGGUCUUUUCAAAUGCAGGGAGUUCAUUUACUCAGUCUCCAGAUUAUUAGGCACACAGAGGUAAAUAUAAUACAGCCUAACACAACUGUCAAUGAAAUAAAUCUACCUUCAUGUACAUAAAAAGCCAGUUUAUAAAGUUGUUGAUUAAACUUAAGGAUCAUUUUGGAGGAUGAAGUUUGUGGUUAUGUUGAGUUUUACUCACUGACGUUUGUAAUAGUUCUUCUCCUCUCAUUUGUAUAAACAUAAAGUAAAAAUAUAAAUACACUUCUCUGUAUAAUGCAAUACGGUUCAACAGCAACACAUCAUCCAAAAUGAUUAUUCAACAUCUCUUAAAAGGUUUUAACAAAAACUGAGCAUUAUAUCCUUUAUGAAUCUGGGGUUUAUUGCAUCGACCGUUGUAUUCGACUGCAUUAGUUUUAUCUCUGUGUACCUAAUUGUGUGAAUGCCAGUUGUGAGGAAAGAAGACGAAGGAAAAGGUGAAUAGGGAGCCGUUGAAUGCAGAAAAGCGAGACAAUUAUAAACAUGAUUUAUGCUAGAAAUAUGAUAUUUAAAAAGAUUAGUUUUCCUACAUGGGUCAUUCUAGACAGUGAAUUUCAAACUCUUAAGUAAAGUACCAUUUGAGUUUAAUAUGCUAAAUAUAUGCAAAUAAUUGAUAAAACAUACAUUACAUAGGUACUCAUCUUGGAAGAAAUGCACAUUAACAAGCUUUGACUUCUUUCCUGCAUCACUUAUGCCUUUAAACUACAAUGUGUUAAAUUUAUAUUCAAAUUCUCUCUAUUUUCUGCAUUCAAUCGCUGCUUUUCUUUUGUCUUCCUGUUAUUAUUGACCCUUUUUAGGAAGCCUUUUUUAAGGAUUCCUGAGAUAAAUAUUUGACUUGCUUAUUUCUUGCUGGACUUAAAUUUGAGAGAUCGAAAUGCAUUUUUGUUCAGUUGUAGGAAUUGGUUCAAAUGUUCAGUAUCAGGUUUGUGCGUCAUUAGGGUCACUUCAUUUAAAAACUCAAAACGGUGUGUGUCUAAACUUGAAAAUCCUUCUUAUUUAUUGAUGCAUUUUUAUUCUUCUGUUUUAUAUUCAGACCGCAGGCAUCCUUGACUUUUAUGUUUGUAUCUUCUGAGCAAAUGUCUGACUGAUAAGUUGUGAUUAUAUAACUGGUCUUAAAGCCCUUCUUUUUGUUUUCGAGGUGAGAGUUCAGCCGAUUGCAUGCUUCCAACAUCAGACACUGGUUUAAUCCAAUUAAGUUGGACAAUCUUUGAAUGCCUGAUUUCUAUUGCUAAUGUUUAGUUUUUGUAUUCUUUUGUUUGUUUUUUACCAUGUUGCACAGCGCAACAGCCUUUCUUUUUUUGCACCUGCAGAUCGCACGAUCCUGAUUACUUUGUCAGUUUGUCUCUCCUGCCCUCUGAGCUGACGCAGCAGCAGUAUUCCGUUUGCCUCACUUAAGUGUCCCAGCGGGCAUCGUUUCAUUCACUUAAAAAUGAUCUCUGAAGUUUUGUUGGUUUAUCGUCAUAGUAGUGCCCACAUUAGUUUUUUUUAAAUAGAUAGCAUGUUUGUUAUGAUUUAGGUGACCCCUAAAUACGCCUAAAAAGAUUUUUCUAAGUGUCCAGGAUUGAUAUUAUUUUUUAUAUACACUUACAUUUAAGAUGCCCCCCACUUGUAUGUUUCAGUUCACUGUGACGUCUUUUGUUUUUUGUGCAAUGUUGCCGACUUUGUCUUUAAAUUGACAUGCUGUCGAAGGAGAAAAUAGUGUUUGAAUAAAUAAAUAAAAUCACUUUCAUAAGCACUCAUCUCUUUUUUACUUGUAGUAAAAUUAGUUACGGUAACUCUAACUGGGGUCAUAUCUAUCUCUCUGUGUUGCUUCAAUUAAAACGUGGAUGAACACAAUACCAUGUUGAAUACUGUUUGACCUGUGUUACUGCAUACUGCAUAUUGUUCGAAACUUGUAAAUAGUUUGCAUUGAACUUGCAUAGAAUCAUGUUACUGUGGCGUGCUCUUUUUGCCUGUACAAUUCUGCUUCUAAAUGUGUGUGACUGUUGAGACGACACUCUUUUUGUACAUGACUGUCUUUUUAUUUGAGAAUAUUGAUUCUGUCCUUUUUCAUUCUAAAGUUGAGUUUGAAGAGUUCAGACAUGCCUGAAGUUUGACUUUAAUAAAGCUGUACUCUGUCUCAGUGAA